CAUCCAGUGCCUCUAGCACUUCUGCACUUGAAACUCGGAAAACAACUACAGUGUCCAUCACUUCCUCAGUAAUCACUGGCACUCGAGUGGUCACCAAUGGAAGCUCAGAGUUGCUGAGCACUGCUUCUCCGACUGCUGAGCACCCAAGCACAAGCCAUGUUUCAUCCCCUUCCCUUUCUUCCAUAACGACCACAUCCCAGGAGGGGACAUUGAGAUCCACCACUCUAAGUCCCAGCGUGGAGACAUCAAGUGUCGGUCAGAGUACCCUCUCGUCCAGCAUGACAAAUCCUGAGACCAGCCCUUCCUCUACGUUUUCCAGCUCCCAAACCCAACGACCCAAGAGCACAACUGGCAGACCUGCAUCCAGUCCCAGCACACCGGAGGCGACUUCCAUUCAGUCACAAGUCACAACGCCUUCUCAAGCACCUAUCUCGGAAGAGUCACAGAGGACUGUGGUGUCUUCUCCCUCAACCUUUUCUGUGUCUUCCAGUCGGAGACCAAGAUUAACACAGGAGACCUCACUUCCUAUGACAUCCAGUGCCUCUAGCACUUCUGCACCUGAAACUCGGAAAACAACUACAGUAUCCAUCACUUCCUCAGUAAUCACUGGCACUCGAGUGGUCACCAAUGGAAGCUCAGAGUUGCUGAGCACUGCUUCUCCGACUGCUGAGCACCAAAACACAAGCCACGUUUCAUCCCCUUCCCCUUUCCUCCAUAACGACCACAUCCCAGGAGGGGACGUUGAGAUCCACCACUCUAAGUCCCAGCAUGGAGACAUCAAGUGUCGGUCAGAGUAGCCUCUCGUCCAGCAUGACAAAUCCUGAGACCAGCCCUUCCUCUACGUUUUCCAGCUCCCAAACCCAACGACCCAAGAGCACAACUGGCAGACCUGCAUCCAGUCCCAGCACACCGGAGGCGACUUCCAUUCAGUCACAAGUCACAACGCCUUCUAAAGCUCCUACCUCAGAAGAGUCACAGAGGACUGUGGUCUCUUCUCCCUCAACCUUUUCUGCGUCUUCCAGUCAGAGACCAAGAUCAACCCAGGAGACCUCACUUCCUACAACAUCCAGUGCCUCUAGCACUUUUGCACUUGAAACUCGGAAAACAACUACAGUAUCCAUCACUUCCUCAGUAAUCACUGGCACUCGAGUGGUCACCAAUGGAAGCUCAGAGUUGCUGAGCACUGCUUCUCCGACUGCUGAGCGCCAAAGCACAAGCCACGUUUCAUCCCCUUCCCUUUCUUCCAUAACGACCACAUCCCAGGAGGGGACGUUGAGAUCCACCACUCUAAGUCCCAGCAUGGAGACAUCAAGUGUCGUGCACAGUAGUCUCUCGUCCAGGACAACAAAUCCUGAGACCAGCCCUUCCUCUACGUUUUCCAGCUCCCAAACCCAACGACCCAAGAUUACACAACUGGAGAAAUGCAUCCCAGUCCCAGCACACCGGAGGCGACUUCCAUUCAGUCACAAGUCACAACGCCUUCUCAAGCUCCUACCUUGGAAGAGUCACAGAGGACUGUGGUGUCUUCUCCCUCAACCUUUUCUGCGUCUUCCAGUCAGAGACCAAGAUCAACCCACGAGACCUCACUUCCUACAACAUCCAGUGCCUCUAGCACUUCUGCACUUGAAACUCGGAAAACAACUACAGUGUCCAUCACUUCCUCAGUAAUCACUGGCACUCGAGUGGUCACCAAUGGAAGCUCAGAGUUGCCGAGCACUGCUUCUCCGACUGCUGAGCACCCAAGCACAAGCCAUGUUUCAUCCCCUUC